AUGGCAGGCAGUGGCCUGCCUUCUUUGGGACGUGUGAAGCUCGCUGAUUUAGUUCCUUCUGACGGGUUACCGUCUGAUUCGUAUAAAAUUUCAGUUUCAAUUUUGUCGCAAUCGCUAGCUCAAUUUUCAGCUGUCAUUAUUCAGUUUCCAGCAACUGAUGGUGCUCUUCUAAGAUCUGGUUUAGAAUCUGCUCGUUUGUAUUUUCAUCAAAGAGAAACGUAUCCGCCUGCAGAUAUAAUCCACUCUAGCGAGUCUCAUGAUUGGUGUAAAACUUCUGGUUACUAUGCAGAUCCUCAUUUGUGGCAAGAAACAUAUGAUUAUAGACCAGGUUUAUCUCAUUCGGAACAGAAUAACUCGAUUGAGUUGCCUCCGGCUGGUUUGUCUGAUAUGUUUUCUUUAUUUGGAAAAGCGGCAAGGGAUAUUCUGGAUGCAAUUAGCUUCCAUUUGAAUUUACGCAGUUCUCCGUUUGUAGAAAUAUUGGAUAAUGUUCCCUUGAGAAAUCGGGAAAUUUCAUCUUCGGUUUUGUCUGUUUGCUGUCAUGCUAGGCCUUCGUUUCAAGGGCCACAACAUCAUAAUAUAGCUGCUACUCAAGAGGAUGGUCAAUUGCUUAUGUAUCCUGAUCAUGAUCAUCAAGUUGAUAAAAGCCUGAUAUCUCUUGUUAAGUCUGACAGAGCGGGUUUACAUGUUAAAGACUAUCAAGGUCGGUGGAUUCUUGUGGAUGGUGAUCUGGGGCCUCAAGAGGCUAUUGUUUAUCCUGGGCUUGCUCUUUAUCAAGCAACAGCGGGAUAUGUUAACCCUGCAUUGCACAAAACUGAGAUCAAUAUGGAGGCUAACAUGUAUGGGAGGUGUUCUUUAGGGUUCAAACUUUUGCCUAAAUCAAUGACUAGUCUUGAUUGUUCGGAAAUGAGAGCGGCCGGUUAUGGAAUUGAAACUCAGUUUCAGCUUCCUGUUCCUGUUGAUGAUUUUAUGCAACGAUCUCAUCCAACUGACCACCUUUUUAAUAGGCCUGCUUUUCAAUGCUUCAAUUUCCAACCAACACAUGACGGAUCCAUGAAGACUUUGAUACGGAGGAGGAAGCAAAAUCCUAAAAGCAAACCUUUGCCGCCUUCCAAGAGGUUAAGGCUCGAGGCGCAGAGAGUUUUGAAAGAAAGAGUCCAAGACAUUGCAGAUAAGAAAGGCAUCAAGCUGCGCUUCUGUAAUAUCAAGGAAUGUGAAAGUCACUUUCACACCCUUGACAGCCCGUGUGCAAAUAUACGAAUGGAGAUAGGAUGGCCACCUGGAGUACCAUUUGUCCAUCCCCAUGAUUUACCCAAUAAGGCAAAGCUUGGAUUUCUUGAAGCAUAUGAACCUGGUUGGACAGAAGCGCAUCAAAACAUAGACAGGAAUCAGUCCCCCUAG